ACUGGAUUGUGAAAGGAAAUUAAUAGAUCGGUAUAUAUAUUGUUGUUUAUUUUAUCGGGGGUUGUUUUUAUUGGCGCGUUGCUCCAGCGAGUGAUCAAAAGUUCAAAGAAUUAGUUGGAGUUAGUGGGAGCUUCGAUUACACAGUUUUCUUUUUAACAUAGCCUGAUUCAGACUCACUUAAUACAUUCAGAAGAAAGGGUGAAAACUUGGAAUCUAUUCUCGAAGAAAUAUCUGUCUAGUAAUGUAAGACAGUCAAUACAUAUAGGACAGACAUACGUAUUGAAAUCUACCUACAGUGUAGUCUCGAAAUUGGUUCAGGAGAUUGCCGGCUGUGAAGUGUGGUGAUUCCCGGGGAGCGCAAUCACGAGUUGAUUGACAGCACUGUACUGUGUGGGGCCACUGGUUCGCUAUCUGACACGCAUUCCAAUUCACACUUUCGGAUACUCAGCAGCCAGAGAGCUUAGGCGAUAGAUAGAAGCCACUCCAAUAUGAACUAGAGAUCGAGAGGAUAGGCGUUGGUAGCUAAGAACUAUAUCCUUUAUUCUGGACGGUAUUACAUCGCGGAUCGACAAUGGCUUACAAUAUAUUGAUGUUAUUUAGUAUUCUGGCAGUUUGGAUGUUACAUUUUCCACGAUUUUCAUAUGCCAUAUCAGUUGGCAAUUCUUGGGGUUCUAUUGACGCAGGACCUCUACUUAGUACAGGACGGUAUCUCCACCCGCCAAAAUGUAUGGAUAUACCCUCGAACUUAACUCUUUGCAAAGACAAAUUGGGAUACAAUAAGAUGAUCUUGCCGAAUCUUCUCGACCAUGAUACAAUAUCGGAAGUAACUCAACAGGCCAAGUCGUGGGUGCCUCUGCUUGGACUACGCUGUCACCCGGACACUAAAAUAUUCCUCUGCUCGCUUUUCUCCCCCAUGUGUUUAGACCGCCUCAUCUGGCCAUGCCGCUCUCUCUGCGAGGCCGUGAAGAGCGGAUGCGAGUUACGGAUGGCUCAAUAUGGGUUCCCAUGGCCUGAGAUGGUGCGUUGUGACAAGUUCCCUGAAGACAACGACCUUUGUAUUCCAGUGAAUUCCACUUCCUCUGGGAACGCAGAUGACAACACAUGUCGGGCUUGCAAGAAACCGGACACCUUCGAGGGAAUCGUUGAUGGCUUCUGCAACUCAGACUUUGUUCUGAAGAUGAAAGUGAAGCAGAAGGAAAGCAAUACCAAAGGUGAUAUGAAGAUGGUAGCCUUGAAAAAGAAAAAGUUCUUGAAGAAAGGUAGUCUUACGCGGAAGGAUAUCCGUAAACUGACACUUUACAUCGAGGAUGGUGGAUCGUGUGAAUGCAAUCGCAUCGAAGAGAACAGUGAAAAGACCCACUAUCUAAUUAUGGGUAACAAACAAGGGGAUAGACUUGUCACAUCAUUUGUUAUGAAAUGGGACCGUAAGAAUAAGGAAAUUAGGCGGGCAGUUAAAUCCCUCCGCAAGGCUGAUAUAUGUAAAGGUGGCGUCAAGGCGCUUAACGACCACGCUGCCCCAAUGUCGAACUCUAAGAAAAAGAACAAAAAGAAGCGAAACCGCAAAGGGAAAAACAGGAAAGGAAAAAAGGGAAAACAAGAAAAUCCCGAGAAAAAUUAAUAUUAACUUCAAAGACCUCUGUCAAAAGGCUAUCGAUAUAUGUGUCCAAGAACGUCACGAAGACUGCACGACAAUCCGACCGUUUUGUAUAUGUUAUCUGGAUUCAAUAUGGUAGCGACAUCUAUAUGAGCAAAGUGGAAUAUACAAAUAUAUUUGAUGUGUUUGUAAAUAUGCAAUCGUGAUUUUUAAUAUAUGAGAGGAUGAUCGUGUUAUCAUGUGAAUUAGAGGACUAAAAACGUGUCUCGAUUUCAAUGAACAUUUGGGCAAACUACUGGCAUUGUUGAAGAGCCAUAUCAAAAAACGUUACAUGUCUUUGAUAUUUUGAUAAUACGGUGAAAAUAGUUUGGCCUCGUGAGGAAACAUGAUAACUAUUAUGUAUUUCUAACUGAAGAACUUCUAGUGUAGACUAUAAAUAAUUA